AUACCGUACUCGGCUCCACCCUACCCACUGAUAACUUUAGCCAGCCACAUCAACUAAGGUUUGACAACAAGUCGUCGACUGCUCGAUCUUUUGGAAUACAUUUUUACUAGCUACAUUUGCCGAUGGGUAGACUGUGGUAACAUCGAAGACAGUGUUUUACAACUGUAAAUUCUUUGUAAAAACAUCAAGAUCGAUGUCAUGGAAUGAAAGAGUCGCCUGUUGUUUUGAAGUACUGUAGUUGGCUAGCAAGCCUAGCGUUUUAGGUUAGCUGUGCAGCUAACUGAUGUUAGCUAGCUAACUUCUAACGUUAGCUAUUGUAGACAAUUACGACGUUUUAAAACGUGUAUUUUUUUUAAGGGAAACAGGUUAUUGCCGUCAAGUCACCGAAUAAUAUACAUAGCUACAACUACGUCAAUUGACGUUAGUUAGCUAGCUAGCCAACGCGUUAGUCUAGCUAGCUAAAACCAUAAGAUAAUUGGCUGGCUUUCAGUUAGCCUAGCUAUUCCUUUGGAUGCGGAAGAUGGCCCAGUCACCGGUUGCGGUGCAAGUGCCUGGGAUGCAGAACAGCCGGACGGACCCAGAGGAGCUGUUUACCAAGCUUGAGCGUAUUGGCAAGGGCUCCUUUGGCGAGGUGUUUAAAGGCAUCGACAACCGCACCCAGAAAGUGGUGGCCAUCAAGACCAUCGAUCUGGAAGAGGCUGAAGAUGAGAUCGAAGACAUCCAGCAGGAGAUCACCGUGCUAUCCCAGUGCGACAGCCCCUAUGUCACCAAGUACUACGGCUCCUACCUCAAGGGCAGUAAGCUAUGGAUCAUUAUGGAAUAUCUUGGUGGUGGCUCAGCUCUGGACCUGCUGCGAGCAGGGCCAUUUGAUGAGUUUCAGAUUGCCACCAUGCUGAAGGAGAUCUUAAAGGGCCUGGAUUACCUUCAUUCAGAGAGAAAGAUUCACAGGGACAUCAAAGCGGCCAAUGUGCUCCUGUCAGAGUGUGGCGAAGUGAAGCUGGCAGAUUUCGGUGUGGCAGGACAGCUGACGGACACACAGAUCAAAAGGGAGACGUUUGUGGGGACACCCUUUUGGAUGGCCCCCGAGGUCAUCCAACAGUCUGCCUAUGACUCCAAGGCGGACAUUUGGUCACUUGGCAUCACUGCCAUCGAGCUGGCCAAAGGCGAGCCUCCCAACUCAGACAUGCACCCCAUGCGAGUCCUCUUCCUCAUCCCAAAGAACACCCCGCCCACACUCAGUGGAGAGUUCUCCAAGCCUUUCAAAGAGUUCAUCGACUCCUGCCUCAAUAAAGACCCUUCAUUUAGGCCAACGGCUAAAGAGCUUCUGAAGCACAAGUUCAUAGUGAAGAAUGCCAAGAAGACAUCCUACCUAACUGAGCUGAUAGACCGCUUGAAGCGCUGGAAGGCGGAGGGACACGACGGGGACUCCAGCUCGGAUGACUCUGACUCAGAAUCCAGCAACAAGGAGAACGACUCGUCCCAACCCGGUUGGUCCUUCACCACGGUCCGUAAGAAGAAAGACCCCAAGAAGGUGACCAACGGAACGGACCAAGACCUCCUGAAGAAGUCGGCCAGCUUGACCACACUGAUCGCUCCGGUUUUUGCCGAGCUGAAGCUGCAGCACCGAGGCGGAGAGACGAAGGGGACGCUUGAAGAGCUGGAGAAAAGCCUCCACAUGGCCGACGACAUCUGCCCUGGAGUCACAGACCGGAUGGUCAGCCGGAUCAUGGACAAGUUCCAGAGAUUUUCUGUGAGUUAGUGGCAUGUGGAGGGCAGGUUUAGACGCUUGAUGAAGACCUCCGCCUCCAGAGUGCAUCAUCAGCCUCUAUGCCUUUCCCCCCCUCAUCAUCCCCCAUUCCUUUCCCUACCACCCUCCAUGCCUCUCCUCUGAUCAGCUCCCCCAGGACCAACGGAUGCAGGGAAAGGGGGAGGACUCCUGCUGUGCACACUCACUGAUCAUGUAACCAAAAGGAAAACAUUGGAUUUUUUUUUUUUUCUAUGUAUAUUUGUUGAAAUAUGUUUAUGCAAUAUUAUUUAACCCCUUUUUAAAACGUAGGCUCAAGCUGGUGCCCAAAGCGGAGCGUUCUACCAUUUAUAUAGUAGUCAGUACUAUUUUAGUUUUUAUUUUAAGUCGGAGCGAAAAGAGAAAAAACGCUAUAUAAGGACAUAACAUCAAUCUUCUGCUGAGCAUAAGACAUAUACAUAAGUCAGAUAUUAAUGAUAGUUUUUGAAUUUUGAGUUGUUUAUUUUUUAUUGCUACUUAAACACGUUCAUGUAGCUAUAUUUAGGCGUUUAGUGUAAUGCACUUGUUUCUUAUUUCUGGCUGACCAUCUUCAUAAAGUCACUUGUAGCAUUUGAAAAAAAUAAACUGCUGUUUGGAGAACCGCAUAAUCUAGUCAAACCUCAGGAGUUCAGUACCUCUGCCGAGAGCAGUCCGUUCGCGGGGGGAGAAGGCCCAGACCGGUCACAGUUGGAAUGGGGUCACAUGCUUAGGCAUUGGGACAGAUUGUAUAGGAAAGGGGGAGGGGGGGCUUUGCUGUGCAAAAGAUGUAUCAUGCUCUCUCAUUCCAAAAGAGAUACAAAUCAUAUCUAUCUUAUGGGAUCUUAGCUCUGUAAGGGCUGUCCUAUUGGAGCCUUGGGAGAUCCACUUCUGAAGGAAAUAUGCACUGCACACACUUUGAGAAGGGGGUGGAGCUUUUUCUAAAUAUGCUUGCUAGUUAUUUCCCUGUUUUAGAGUAGAUCUCAAGGGAGAUGGGGUACUUUUUCUCUGUCUUAAAGACAAUAUUCUCUCCCUCUACCAAAAAUACUUGACAAGUGCUCAAGUGAAAUGGCAAUGUAGCUGUGGAUGUUUAAUGUUGAAAACAUUGGUCCUUGAGUGCUUUCUACAUGGGGAGUUUGUCUAUCUCUGAACAAAUCCCAAAUAAAGGCUUUCUUGGGAAUUUUAUCAGCCAAGCUCAAACACAAUAUGAAAGGGUGCCAUCUUUGUUGUGGUGGUGACACUGCCCCUUAUAGAAGGGAGGAAGUAUGCCAACUUAACAUCCAACGGUGCCUAAAACAAGAAUUGUAGUGAUAUUCUCUAUUUAAUUGUGGUCACGUAUCAUCAAAUGCAUUAAAUGGUAACAAUACA